AUGUACACCCGAGCAAAAGCAGAUGCUGCGCUGCAAACAGUCAAGAGCCAAGCCUCCCCACAGGCAUCGCUGCCUCUUACCCCCGCGGUAGGCCUUGAGAAAACUGACAAGCAUUUGCUGCACUUUAUCCUCAGCGGGCCCCAGUUACUCCGCAGCAAUUCUAAUCUAGCUGCUGCAGAUGCAGAAGCAGCAACAGCAGCAGCACCAGCAGCAGCACCAGCACCAGCUGUACCGUCAGCACCCCCUGCAGCAGCAGAAGUGGUCGCUGCAGCAGCUGCUGCAGCAGUUGCUGCUAGUCUCAGUUGCAGCAGCACUUCUCUCUUACAAAAGACGGAGACGGGGCGGCUGCCUCUGCUGCAGCAACAACUGCAGCAGCCGAAGCAACAGGAAGUGCCGCAACAAACACAGCAACAAGUGCAACAGCAAGUGCAGCAGCAACUGCAGCAGCAGCAGCAGCAGCAGCAGGAUUCGGAGCCCGGAUGUGCCAUCGCUUUUUCUGCUGCUGCAGUUGUUGAUUUGCUGCUGCCUCCUUCAGCACCAAAACCCCAGCCGCUUGGCUUGUGGUACGUUAAGAGCCCUUCACUAUUUCGCAUAGCAGGGGACAACUCUCCUUCAGCAGCAGCAGCAGCAACAGCAGCAGCAGCAGCAAAAGACCUUGGUGCUGCUGUUGCUGCUGCUGCUCUUUCCCCGUCUCCGCAUGCAGCAGUUAGUGCAGCAGUUGAAGUUAAUCGUUUUGAAUUAUCUUUCUAA